AUGGCUCUUCCAAACCUCCUUCUCCUCCUCUGCUUUCACUGCUUCUUUCUCUUCUUCAUCCAAAGCCAUUCUUCAAUAGAUUACUCUCAAGCUCUCACCAAAUCCUUGCUCUUCUUUGAGGGCCAAAGGUCAGGGAAACUCCCUUCUUCUCAAAGAAUCCAAUGGCGUGGUGAUUCUGCUCUCAAAGAUGGCAGUGAUAAUGGGGUUAAUCUCACCGGAGGAUAUUAUGAUGCCGGAGACAACGUGAAGUUUGGAUUUCCACUUGCAUUUACUAUGACAACACUUGCAUGGGGGAUCAUUGAAUUUGAGCAAAACUUAGUUUCCAAGAAUGAGUUUGAUCAUGCCCAAGAAGCAUUGAGAUGGGGGUGUGAUUAUCUUCUUAACGCUCACGUUGCUCCAGACGUGCUUUAUGUGGAAGUCGGAGAUGGAUUUUCCGAUCAUGAGUGUUGGAUGAGACCAGAGGACAUGACAACUCCAAGAACUUCUUACAGCGUCGAUGCUGCACAUCCCGGCUCCGAUGUCGCCGGAGAAACCUCAGCCGCCUUUGCCGCUGCUUCCAUUGCCUUUAGAAAGUCUGAUCCUCAUUAUGCUGAUGUGCUUCUUGACCAUGCAAAACAAUUGUUUCAAUUCGCUAAUGAUUACCCGGGGAGUUAUCAAGACAGUGUUACGGCGGCCACAAAGUUCUACGCCAGCAGUGGAUUUGAGGAUGAAUAUCAAUGGGCUGCCGUCUGGCUCUUCCAUGCAACCGACGAUCAAACAUACAGUGAUUACCUUGCCAACAAGGGCAGCACCAGCACCGGUGGUGUUCGGUCUCUUUUCUCUUGGGAUGAUAAAUGGGUCGGUGUUCAAACCAUCAUCUCUAAAUUAAAGAUCGAACAAAGACUCGAUGACAACCAAAAUCCUUUAUGGGACAAGUAUGAGUCGGAAAUGGUUCAAUUUAUAUGUCCGACGAUACAAAGAGGGAACAACAAUGUGCAGAUGAGUCCGGGUGGGAUGUUGUGGUGGCAGCCAUGGAACAACUUCCAGUACACAGCGGCGGCGAUGUUAGUGAUUGCGGCUCAUGCGGACCACCUUAACUCGGUGGGAGCCAACUUACAGUGUGACUCGGUCACUGUCACGCCCGGAGAGCUAAUUGAGUUUGUUCAAUCACAGGUGGACUACAUCUUGGGUGUGAACCCAAAGGGGAUGAGUUACAUGGUUGGGUUUGGGUCAACGUAUCCGGUUAAGUUCCAUCAUAGAGGAGCGUCGAUGCCUUCGAUCAAGUCGGACCCGGCUCUAAUUGGGUGCAAGGAUGGGUUCGAGAAGUACUUUUAUAGUGAUGGACCGAACCCGAAUGUAUUAGAUGGUGCGGUCGUGGGUGGACCUGAUGCGAACGAUCAAUUUGAAGAUCAACGGUAUAAUUUUCAGCAGUCAGAGGGACCAACUGUUAAUAAUGGGCCACUAGUUGGGGUGCUAGCUAGACUUGCAUCUUAG